AUAUUUUUGCAUGGUAACAACCUGAACAGUCUACACCAACUAAUUCAUCCUGAGAUCCUACCUUCUGAGUUUGGAGGAAUGUUGCCCCCAUAUGACAUGGGUACGUGGGCACGAACCCUGCUAGACCAUGAGUAUGAUGAUGACAGUGAGUACAACGUGGAUUCCUAUAACAUGCCUGUGAAGGAAGUGGACAAGGAACUCUCCCCCAAAUCCAUGAAGAGAUCUCAGUCAGUAGUGGACCCUACAGCACUGAAACGAAUGGAUAAAAGCGAAGAAGAAAACAUGCAGCCUUUACUUUCUCUGGACUGAGAACUUCUCCACCCCUACACCAUGGAUUAAAAAUGGGAGGUCCUGGUUUUCAGCAACAGGGACAGCACUGUGGGAUUGACCUGCUGGAAAAUUUUACUCAUGUUCGUUCAUGUAGCAUAUUGCAAACGACAUCUGGCUUUCACAUUUGCCUAAACCAUGGGUGCCCUGGGCUAGAUUUUAAAAAGUCAGUAAUUUAUUCUGUAAGUGCCAAGUUCUUUGUAAAUACAAUAUCGUGGUCACAUCUAGUUUGUAAAUUUUAUUAGUAAUUUAGUUUGGGAAAGAUUGACUCACAUGUUUGAACCAGUGAUAUGGACUACAAUAAGAAGCUUAAGGACAUGUAACCUAUAAAAUUUAAUUAAAUGUAUCCCUGUUUCCUAUGAAGCCAUAUAUCUGCUAUCAUAGUGAUUAUUUAAAUGUUUUCCUACAAAACACUGUCAUUAUUCAAAUAUACUUGGGUCACAGCAAGGUUAAUUAUCUCUCAGAAAUUGUUAUUAUUAAUGUUCUCCUGUUUAGUGAUUUUUUGUUUCAGAGGAACUUUUCUGGAAACAUCACUGGCUGCAUUCUGAAGAAAAAGAGUGGCUGAUGAGCUGGAAAACCGAACCAAAUGGGAGCUCUUCUCAGUUGUGUGAUUUAGAGGUCUUUUUCAAGAAAAUGUGUUUCCCCACUUAAGAUGAGGAAUUCUAAAAAAGAAUGUGUUUUUUUGUUUGCUUUUGUUUGUUUGUUUUUGUCUAAAUGAUUGUCUUAACAAUGUUCCUUUACUUAAGUUGCCAUUGUAACUCCUGUCUGAAAUAUUUUAGAAUAUAUUUUCACCCAAAGUAAAUGAGAGUUAGUUCCUGAAUCAUUUUGACAGACAAUUUUGCACAUAAAAUUUGUCACUUACAGAAGAGGGCUAAUUUCAGAUCAUUGUGGAAGUGUUGAAAAUAUAAAUAUUUACUUACAACAUAUAUAGUUUUAUUGACUUCUAGUAAAUUCUUGAUAUGAUGGGUUUUGAGAUAUCAUAGAAAAUAACUGUUGGUGACAUAAAUAGAAAUGAAACCAUUUGACAGACUUCAGAACACAUACUCAAGGGAUUUUAGUAUACCAUAAAAAUGAAAUCUUGAAUACCUGUCAUCUUUUUUUAUUAGAUAUUUUGUCUAUUUACAUUUCAAAUUUUAUCCCCUUUCCUCAUUUCCAUUCUGAACACCACCAUCACCAUUCCAUCACCCCCCUGCCCACUAACUCACCUACUCCUGCUUCCCUGACCUGGCAUUCCCCUACACUGGGGAAUCAAGGCUUCACAAGACCAGGGGCCCCACUUCUCAUUGCUGUCCCAAAAGGAGAUCCUCUGCUACAUAUGCAUCUGGAGCCUUGAGUCCCUCCAUGUGUACUUUU